UUCAAGCAUAUCCUUGUUUCCCCCUCCCACUCUCCGCCGUGCGAAUCCCCUCCAAACUCGGACAUCCUCGUCACGGAACAAUAGCAAAGCGCUUGUAGAUUUGUGUGUCAGUUAACAUUUGGCCCCUCCUCAAAGUCGGCUCAAAUAACAGCAGUGGAGUGAUUGGGAAGCAUACCAGUAGAUCGCGUCGCGGUGUCGGGCGCCAAAACCACGACGGGAACUCAACACGUCCGAAUUUUCUGUGUCACUCCUGUGAUAGUGGAAAUAUAUUCCACUCCAAACCUCAUUCUCCAAAAUUACAGCACAAAUCCGCAACUGAAGUUGACAUGGGUUUUCCGCCGCGCCCUGCCGCCUAGCGGAGGUCGAGCGAACUAACGUCAAGAACACAGGUACAAUUAAACACAAGUCUCUCAUCAUGAAUAACAAGAGUUCUUCGUCGAAGGAAAGCUUAUCUGUGAUUAACAUGGACAGCCUGAAUAUGUCUUCCACGACUCAGUUGACAGACAAGAAGAGUGCUUACGACGAUGAAUAUAAUCCAUUUGAGCAUCGGAAUAUUGAGCACCCCACUUCGGACAUGGGAUCACUUAUACAUUUACUCAAGAGCAGUCUCGGGACAGGAGUACUGGCUAUGCCAAUGGCUUUUAAAAAUGGCGGAUUCAUUUUUGGAUCCAUCGGAACCGUAGUAGUUGGCAUCAUCUGUACUCACUGCGUCUACAUCCUGGUUAAGUCGUCACAGGAUCUGUGUAGGAGGCAGAAGGUUCCAUCUCUGGGAUUCUCAGAGACCGCUGAGGCAGCUUUCAAAUGCGGUCCUCCAGGGUUACAGAAAUUUUCUACAGCUGGAAGGAAAUUCGUGGAUGGGGCCUUACUGGCGACGUACUACAGCGCUCUCUGCGUGUAUGUUGUCUUCGUGGCGUCAUCCAUUAAACAGGUGGGCGACUACUACAUGGACCACACGGAUGUACUGGAUAUAAGAAUGUACAUCCCCAUGUUACUAGUUUUUCUGAUACCUAUCGGUUUGAUCAGGAAUCUCAAGUACCUGGUUCCAUUCUCAGCGCUGGCGAAUAUAUUUAUCAUCAUCAGCUUUGUCAUCACCCUCUACUACAUAUUCAAAGACAGUUUAGACAUCGGUGAUCUGGAUCAUAUCGCCAAAGUCGAGCAACUGCCCCUCUUCUUCGCUACAGUCAUCUUUGCCAUGGAGGGCAUAGGAGUGGUAAUGCCUCUGGAGAAUUCGAUGAAAAAUCCUAACCAUUUUAUCGGCAAGAUAGGAAUCCUCAAUAUCGCCAUGUUCAUCGUGGUGUUGCUGUACGGUGUCAUCGGUUUGUUUGGAUACCUCAAGUAUGGAGCCAUCGUGAAAGGGAGCGUCACUUUGAAUCUGCCGGAUUCAGAAAUACCUGCCCAAGUGGUGAAGGUUCUCUACGCCGUGGCCAUCUUGUUUUCUUACGGACUGCAGUUCUACAUACCGACUUCCAUAAUAUGGCCAAGCAUUGAAGAGAAGGUCCCUAAAGGAAUGGAGAACAUCGCACAAAAUUCCUUCCGGAUUGGAACCAUCGUCUGCACAGUGGUUGUCGCCAUUGCAGUGCCAAACCUGGGACCCAUCAUCUCCUUGGUAGGGGCAGUUUGUUUCUCCACUCUCGGACUCUUCUGUCCUGCCGUCAUAGAAACCAUCACCUACUGGGAGGAUCAUCUGGGCUGGCGUUUUUGGAAGAACGUCAUUAUAGCACUUUUCGCAAUAUUAGCCCUAGUUACGGGUAGUUAUGCCAGCGUCCUUGAGAUAAUACAGGAAUAUACAACGACCAAAUAGUAUUACUUCUCUUUAAGAUACUACGUGGAUUUACUGCAAGUAUUUUUAUGUACAUUUAGUGCGCUUUGCGCAUGCGCGGGUCCAGCUGGCCUAGCACUGCUUCUUUACAAUAAAAAUACCAUUACCCUGACCGUCAGUGCUGUAAUGGCAGCGGAUUUAUACGAAAGAAAGUCAGUAAAUAGGUCACAAAUGGACAUUAAACGUAAAAUAUAUGAUAUUCGAAACUGGCAAAAAACAUUUAUUCCUCGACAUAUCAUCCACCAACACUAAUACACUUGCCCCAUCGCUUUACCACUGAGUCGAGACCUGCAGCAUAGAAGUCUUUUGAUUAUCUCAGCCACUUCCGCGCCUCCUUUUCACUUCGUCAUGAGCGAAACGUUUUCCACCCAGUUGUGAACAGCGUUACGUGACAAACGCUUCCAUCCGUGAACAGGAAAUAUUUAAUCAUGAAUAUCCUUUGCAAUGAGUCCUUUAGCCC